AAAACAUCCAGAAAAACUGAAAGGGACUCUACUUGAAGAUGAUCAGACAUUUCAGUCAUAUGAAAAGAAAGACAACAGUUUUAAAUUGAUGGAAGAUGCGAUGAAAGGAUCUACAAUUAAGAGUAGUUCCAUGAUCACAAACACUCUGGAUGAUGUUUAUGAUGAUGAGUUAUCAGACUUGGAUCUUUUUGUUGGUUUCAGAACAGGAAGUAUGGACGCUAGCUCAUCUGGUGCAGCUGGAAAUUCUGGGAAUCCUAAAAAACAUAAACCUUCAUGGCAAAGGAAAUCUAAAGGAAGCAAGGAACUUCCUUUGAAGAACAAGGUCAGUGUUGUAGAUUCUAAAGAAAAGUUUGCAAAAGUUUUUAAGAGGAAAGCUCAAUCAACUACUCAGGAAUCUACAAAAUGUUUUAAAAGGGAUAACAACUCGGUGGUUCCACAGGAACCAUCGCAGAAAAAAGCUUGGUGUAUGAUUGGAGACUUUAAUGAUAUCCUUUCUAAUAAGGAGAAGCUUGGUGGUCCUAAGCGCAUGAUAUCAUCUUUUCAAGCUUUUCAAGAGAUGUUAGACAUUUGUGAUAUGCAGGAAUUAGAGAGUUCAGGAAAUAGUUUUACUUGGGGAGGAACAAGAAAUGAUCAAUGGAUCCAGUGUAAACUAGAUAGAACUUUUGGAAAUUCUAGGUGGUUUGCUAUGUUUCCAAAUGCUCACCAAUGGUUUCUUGACAAGCUUGGAUCAGAUCAUAGACCAGUUCUGGUGAAAUUUGUUAAUGAUCAAGAAACUUUCCGGGAAUCAAUCUUCAGUUUUAAGCUUAAUGGAGUGCAGAAGUGCUAUAUGUGCUUGGAAGCGAUCCUCGGAUCUUAAUGCUCACAGUAAAAUACAGAGAUGGAG